UCUCGUAAACCACUCCCUUGAGUUGUCGACAGAGCCACCCUUCACCUACCGAAGAAACCAUUUCACAAGUGUCUGUGGUAACUCGGCAGAAAAGCUUACCUAAUAAAAACAAAAGCCAACAAUAUAUUCAUCGAGACUUUACCUGGUCAAAGUUUUGACGCUCGGAAAACCACUUGAAACUUUUUAAAGUCGGAGCUGCCAGGCGGAGACAGCAUGGUGUUAAAAUCCGAAGACGGCGUAGUGCCGGACGACCUCACCCCAGAGGAGCAGCAGGAGCUGGAGAAUAUCCGCCGGCGCAAGCAGGAGCUGCUGGAGGACAUUCAGCGGCUGAAGGAUGAGAUAGCAGAAGUGACGAGUGAGAUCGAGAACCUGGGUUCCACCGAGGAGAGGAAAAAUAUGCAGAGGAACAAACAGGUGGCCAUGGGCCGGAAGAAAUUUAACAUGGACCCCAAAAAGGGGAUCCAGUUCUUGAUUGAGAAUGAUUUGCUAAAGAAUACCAGUGACGACAUCGCUCAAUUCCUCUACAAGGGCGAGGGCCUCAACAAAACAGCCAUCGGAGAUUACCUCGGAGAGAGAGAUGAUUUCAAUAUCCAAGUCCUUCAUGCCUUUGUGGAGCUUCACGAGUUCACAGAUCUCAACCUGGUUCAGGCUCUAAGACAGUUCCUGUGGAGUUUUCGGCUACCGGGAGAAGCUCAGAAGAUCGACCGCAUGAUGGAGGCCUUCGCUCAGCGCUACUGCCAGUGCAACCCAGGCGUUUUCCAGUCCACAGACACCUGUUACAUCCUGUCAUUUGCCAUCAUCAUGCUAAACACCAGCCUCCACAACCCGAAUGUGAAGGAUAAGCCGACUGUGGAACGGUUUAUCUCCAUGAACAGAGGAAUCAAUGAUGGAGGAGACUUACCUGAAGACCUGCUCAGGAAUCUGUAUGACAGCAUCAAGAAUGAGCCUUUCAAAAUCCCAGAGGAUGACGGCAACGACCUCACACACACUUUCUUCAACCCAGACAGAGAGGGCUGGCUGCUAAAACUGGGAGGGGGACGAGUUAAAACCUGGAAGAGGAGGUGGUUCAUCCUCACAGACAACUGUCUCUACUACUUUGAGUACACCACAGACAAAGAGCCCAGAGGAAUCAUCCCACUGGAGAACCUGAGCAUCAAGGAGGUGGAGGAUAAGAAGCCUAACUGCUUUGAGCUUUUCAUUCCUGACAACAAGGACCAGGUGAUUAAAGCGUGCAAGACGGAGGCUGACGGACGCGUUGUCGAGGGCAACCACACCUUCUACCGUAUCUCCGCCCCCACUGCUGAGGAAAAAGAGGAAUGGAUGAACAGCAUCAAAGCUGCCAUUAGCAGGGACCCCUUUUAUGAGAUGCUGGCAGCCAGGAAGAAGAAGGUGUCGUCCAUGAAGAGGCACUAGGGCCGCUCAGCGAUCCAGAUGUUGCACUUGACAGAGCAAGGGGUCCUGGUGUCUGCUCGGCCUGUCUGAGUCGGUGCAGAGACCGCGAGACCUCUCCAGGGGAUUUCUCUAGGAUACAUACUAGGCCUGGCUUUGGGACUCUAUAGACCAGAAAAACAGGAAGCAUGCUGGGGUUUUUAGAUAAGAGUCGGGGCCAAAGCGUCCUCUAACCUCCUGUCUCUCUUUCUCUCUCAGCUUUGUGUGUGCUCUCUGUCUACGAGGCCGAAAGGAAAUCUUGCUGUAUAACUCAGCAAAAUGCUUUAAAAAAAAACACAAUUUCCCAUAUACAUUGCACACAUACACAACAUGCAUACACUCAUGCAGCCCCCCCCGUAGCACACAUUGUUUGAAACUCAGCAGGUCUGACCAAGUGUGGCACUCCAACCAAAAUAUUCCUCGCUUUCUGAAAGAAAAGAAGAGACCUUUUCUGAUGUGCUUUAAUAUGUUAAGGUUAUAGGUGUCUAUUUUUACAGCUUUAAAUGUCAAUUCCUCUUCAGUCUUCUUUUUGUUUGCUUUUGUAAAAAAACAACAACAACUAAAAGGGUCUUGCAACAGAAACUGCAGGCGGGUUGGGUUUGGGAGGGAUGGUAUGAUUUGCCAACUGUUAGUGAUUUUAUAGAAAAAAAAGAAAACAAAACAAAAAAAAAAGUUGCCACUCAGGAGAUUGUUACGAUGUUCGGAAACUUUCCAUGGCGGCGUUGACAUGGAUCCUGUUCACAACACGACAGCCAUGUGAGGAAUGAAAGCCUCAUCUGUGUCCCAGACUGAACUGUUUUUUGUAAAAGUGAAGCAGACACCCAGAGGAGGGUGUCUGCUUGUCUGGACGGGUCUCAGCUUUGGAUCUCGCUGUUCAUUUCCUGAAGGUCCUGGAGAUGCAUUCUGGGGAUUAGUGUCUUUUAAAGGGACGAGUGAUUAUUAUCACCCUGGGCUUCUUUUUGAGGUCUAAGGUUGUAUGGAAAUCAGAACAGGUGGCCCCUUAUUUCAAAAUUUUUCCCCCAUACAUUUUUGUCUAAACCACCACUUUCUAUUUCUUAUUUUUAUUGUUAGGAAAGUUACUUUACUGCUGCACAGUGCCUGGCGCUCUAGAUGAAAUGUGAUGAGAAAAGCUGCUGGUUAGCGACAGUAAUUCACAGUUUUCUUCACCCAGUCGGAUUUACUAUUUGUUUUCUGCCUUUAUAAUAUGCUUUUUCCUCUGUACCUAUUUGAUGGUAAAACAAAUCAUUUUCAGGCGCCAGCCCGACCUCACUGAUCUUUGUACAAUACUGUGUGCUUCAGGUUGUUUAUGUAUAGAACAUAAUAUAUGACAUAUUGUUGUAGAGGCUUUAAAUAAACAUGUGGUUCUUUGAAGCUAUGCCUGGAAAAGAAUGGGCUGUCCCCGUCUCAGGAUCCAAAGUGUGAUGUGAAACAAUACAAAACUGCUAGUUGUAGGAGGAAUGUGCUGUGGCGAACCAAAAGAUGGAGGUCAGGGAUGCUGAUUCGCCACGCUGACGCAGUGACACGCCACUUUGUCGAACAGCAAAAAUUGCAUUGAGGUACAAUUUUGCAAACGCAGUCUGAGUUGUGCAUCAAGCAGUUGUCUUUUCUACUCUUGUCUCCAGUCGUCUCCUCUCUCAUCUGUGCCUGCUGGUCAUUAACCUCACUCCUGCCUGUUCUGUUUCCUGGUUCUCUUCCUCUCUCUGCUCCUCUCUGCGCACUAAUCCUAGAGAAAUAAGGAAUAAUGCAAAACAAUCAUAAUUCUAGACAGUAUUGGUUUAUUUAUCAAAGUUGUACAUACUUAAAUGUAUAGUGGGUAUUUUGUCUUCAUUUUGUUUCUUAUUAGUUGUGCCAUUUUCAUUUGGUAUUCUGUUUAAAAAAAAAAAGUUUGAUUUGAGGUUUGUAUCAUUGCCAUUUAAUCAAGCUGAAAUAAAGACAAGUUUGUCACAAGGCUGGCUGUGAAUGUGUUUUACGCAACUGCAUGUCAACAUCAGCUCAUGUUACAGUAAAGUAUGUCCAGCAGGUGGCAGUACUGUACUGCAGAGGCUGUCUACUGCAGAGACACUCCAACUACUGCAGCAAGUAAGAGCAAGAAAAAAUAAUGCUGAUUUUUAUGUGAAUUUUAUCUUAUUAAUUACAGCUA